GCUCACCCCAGACACUCCCACAGCAUAUAAAUCCAAGCCAUACUGAAUUUCUCAGACAGAAACCACACGUGGAGCUCAACUCACAGCACAGAGCUUGCGGCUGAAGCAGAGCGAGGCAAAGAGAGGCAGAGCAUGGGACAAAGUUUCAAAGAAGUCAAAGCAGCUGUGGAUAGACAGAGUCAACACCGUGGAUGUGAGUAAAGAAGGUAAAAAGACAGAACUCUAUCAUCAGUUGAAGUCUUCAUAAAAUCUGGAGGACAUUUUUGUGCUGCUCCACAAAAAAAGGCAGUAUUCCAUGAGGCAUCGACGCUGUUGUUGUUAAGUGCUCCCCAUGCUAGCAAGGAGUCUGAAGUGAGGAGAGUGAGUCAGUCCUGCAUGCUGUAUGGUUUCUAUACACUGCGUGAUUGCAUGACCAACUCUGCAUGACUCUGGACCACGUCUGAGGUCUGAGCCACAGAGCGCUCUACAAGGUUUUUACACAAAAAUGUCAUUCGCAAUGGUGCGUCCAGCCCCAAGCCGCUACCUAUACUCGGAUAUCUCCAUGAUGUCUGAGGACGAGGAGAAUGGCAGUGAGAGCUCGGGUUCUGACGACCGCUCCUUCCGACUGGAUGCCUCCGGCUACGAGCUCAAGGUGGGCGGCAGAAAGCGGAAACCAGGCAGCGGAGGUGGAGGGGGGCACGUUGGUGGAGUGCUACCAGGCACCGCAGGCAGUCCACCAGGCGAAGGGCGGAAACGGAACGCGGCCAACGCGCGGGAACGAGACCGUACCAACAGCGUGAACACAGCCUUUACAGCACUCAGGACUCUUAUCCCCACUGAGCCGGCAGACAGGAAGCUGUCCAAGAUUGAGACUCUGCGUCUGGCUUCCAGCUACAUCUCGCAUCUCGGCAACGUCCUACUGGUAGGCGAGGCCUGCGGUGACGGGCAGCCGUGCCACAGUGGCGGACCUUCUGCAGGCUACUAUCAUCAUCACGGAUCACCGACACGAGAUUCUGAGAACUCACAGCCCAAACAGAUCUGCACUUUCUGCCUCAGCAACCAGAGGAAAAUGGGCAAAGACAGAGAAAGAAAAACAGCUCUGAGGAAUUAAAACAGACGAGGAAGAUGAUGAACUGGCAGAGAUUUGAGAACGAUCACAAACUUUUGACUCAAGACUCGACUUGGUGUAUAUAUGCAAAUAAAAUCAUAUUUAAUUGAUUCUGUGUAAACGACACGCGGACCCUUACCCUUGGCCUGGAAAGCAGUUACAGUGACGACUAAACCCUCUCAGAUAUUUUCAAAAGAUUUUCAUAUCCGGCAGCCUCAAGCCAGUGCACAUCCUGACUUCUGCACCUCACUGGACCUCCACAGUUUCCGGCUUCGGCACAGAGGAGACGCAAAUAUUCAUCAAAAUAAAAACCGAGCAAAUGAACAUCGGCGCUGCGGGUUAAGGGGGAGGCAUACGAUCAGAGCGCAUGUGGAGAAAGAAGAACUGGGUACAGAGAGAAAUAAAACAUCAUCUUUAACAAAUCAAAUUUUACAGAAACACCUCGCACGUUCAGACAAAAGUGCAUUUAGUUAAAGAAUAAAACAACAAUAAUUUAAUAAAAUUAAACACAAUGUAAUGUAUGUUAAA